AAGGCAUCCAGACAGCCCUUCCACAUCCAUGUUCAGAGCCUGUGUCUUUUGUGAAGACUGGAAUCCAAAAAAUUGAGAAUUUUAAGUGGCAGGGGUUCAUAUAAUGAGGCUUUUAUUAUGGCCAGUGACCCCUUGGAAGGCUUUCAUGAAGUGAACCUCGCUUCGCCUACGACACCCGAUCUUCUUGGCGUGAAUGAGCCAGGGACUCAGGAACAAACUACCUCACCCAGUGUGAUCUACCGACCACACCCUUCUGUUGUGUCCACACCCAUCCAGCCCAAUGCAUUGAAUGUUUCUGACCUUCCUACACAGCCUGUUUAUUCAUCUCCCAGACAACUGAAUUGUGGAGAAGUGUCAGGUGUCAGCAUCAAUGUUACCGACGCAGUACUUUGUUCUACCUCUGGACCCCAGAGUGGGUCAUUCAAUCACAGUAAUGCCAGGAAGGAGAGCAAUAACGUGGAGAGAGAGCUAUUGCAGGGUACUACAGUAGCAGAUGUUGCUGAAGGAAAUGAAGAUAUUUUUGGGUUGAGUACAGACAGUUUAUCUCACUUACGGAGCCCAUCUGUACUGGAAGUAAGAGAAAAGGGCUAUGAGCGAUUGAAAGAAGAACUUGCAAAAGCUCAGAGGGAGCUGAAGUUAAAAGAUGAAGAAUGUGAAAGGCUUUCUAAAGUGCGAGAUCAACUUGGACAGGAAUUGGAAGAACUUACAGCUAGUCUGUUUGAGGAAGCACACAAAAUGGUUAAAGAAGCAAAUGUCAAACAAGCUGCAGCAGAAAAACAGUUAAAAGAAGCACAAGGAAAGAUUGAUGUCCUCCAGGCUGAAGUAGCAGCAUUGAAAACACUAGUACUGUCUACUUCACCAACAUCUCCAACUAAGGAAUUCCAGUCUGGUGGAAGAACUCCUUUUAAGAAAGGCCAUGCAAGGAACAAGAGUACAAGCAGUGCUAUGGGUGGCAGUCAUCAGGACCUUACCAUGAUGCAGCCAAUUGUAAAAGACUGUAAAGAGGCUGACCUGUCUCUGUACAAUGACUUCAGGUCUUGGAAGGAUGAGCCUACUAUGGACAGAACAUGUCCUUUCUUGGACAAAAUUUAUCGGGAAGAUAUUUUUCCAUGUUUAACUUUCUCCAAAAGUGAGUUGGCCUCAGCUGUUCUGGAAGCUGUUGAAAACAACACUCUGAGCAUUGAACCUGUUGGCUUGCAACCUGUUCGAUUUGUGAAAGCUUCUGCAGUUGAAUGUGGGGGACCAAAGAAAUGUGCUCUCAGUGGACAAAGUAAGUCAUGCAAGCAUAGAAUCAAAUUAGGAGAUUCAAGCAGUUAUUACUACAUUUCUCCUUUCUGUCGUUACAGGAUCACUUCUGUGUGUAACUUCUUUACAUAUAUUCGAUACAUCCAGCAAGGACUGUUGAAGCAGCAAGAUGUGGAUCAGAUGUUCUGGGAAGUUAUGCAGCUGAGACGAGAGAUGUCACUAGCAAAACUUGGCUAUUACAAGGAAGAGCUCUAAAACUUUUUACUCUUGCGCGUGCAUGAACUUCAUUGAAUAUACAUAACUAAAAUUGCUGAACCUCUUUUUGUCACUUGAUAUUUAUUUCCACAAAGUGGGUCCAAGAUCUUUUUCCAUUUGCAGAUGGCACUAAGAAGUACUGUGAUUGUUUUAAACUGACCUAUGCUGUAUAUGCGUACAUAUAAUACUUAGUUGAACAAAUGUGGUAAGCACUUGCAGGUGUAUUAGUGAUUGUAAUUUACAUUUAAAAACAAAUCUUCUGAUUAAAGUGUUAAUCUGAAACAG